AUGCCCCCUGCCAGUGCCCAUCAAUGCCACCUGCCAGUGCCCAUCACUGCCUUUCAGUGCCACCUAUCAGUGCCAGUCAGUGCCACCUAUCAGUGCUGCCAGUGCCACCUAUCAGUGCCAGUCAGUGCCACCUAUCAGUGCCCGUCAGUGCCGCCUAUCAAUGCCAGUCAGUGCCGCCUAUCAGUGCCGCCUAUCAGUUCCACCUAUCAGUGCCGCCUAUCAGUGCCAUAUAUGAGUGCUGUCUUUCAGUGCCCAUCAGUGAUGCCUGUCAAUGCCCAUCAGUGCCACCUACUAGUGCCUCCUCAUCAGUGCCACCUAUCAGUGCCCAUCAGUGCAGCCUAUCAGUGCCCAUCACUGCAGCCUCAUUAUCGCACAUCAGUG